UAGUAUUAGUAGUUAGAUUAGUGUCUCUAUAUAUUUCUGUGGUUACACAGCGUUUACUCUGUACGUUGAAUAAGCUCGGCCCAUGCUUAUAAACAGCAAGCAGCUCUGUGUGGUGAACAGCGUAUGAAGUGUAAGGCUUUAAGUCGAACGAGAGACGGGAGAACCUGCGCGGGGAAAGAAACUGCUUAGCUUCCCAACUGUGUGAUGGAGUCUUCCCACUUAGAUGUGCCGCCUGCAGGACAAGGGAAGCCACAUGCAUGUGAUAUGUGUGGACACAGAUUCGCGCUAGAGAAACAGCUGCGGACCCACGCGCUCAUUCACUCGGGAGAGAAACCCUACAUGUGUGAUACAUGCAGUUACAGGUGCCGUCAACUAACCUGCCUUAAGUCACACAUGCGAACUCACACGGGAGAGAAACCCUAUGCAUGUGACAAAUGCGAGUACAAAUGUACGUCGUCCAAUAAUCUCAAGAGACACAAGCGAACUCAUACAGGAGAAAAACCGUAUGCAUGUGACAAAUGCGAGUACAAAGGUAGAUGCUCCUCUGCUCUCCAGGCACACAAGCGAACACACACAGGAGAAAAACCCUACAAGUGUGACACAUGUGACUACAGAUGCACUCAUCUAUCCAAUCUUAAGACACACAAGCGAACUCACACAGGAGAGAAACCCUAUGCGUGUGAUACGUGUGAUUAUAGAUGCUCUAGUAUGACUCACCUCACGUUACACAAGCGCAUUCACUCAGGCGAAAAGCUCUAUGCAUGUGACACAUGUGACUACAGGUGCGCUCAACUAUCCAAUCUUAAGACACACAAGCGCACUCACACGGGAGAAAAACCAUAUGCGUGUGAUAUGUGUGACUACCGGUCCAAUCAACUAGUCCAUCUUAAGGCACACAAGCGAACUCACACAGGAGAGAAACCCUAUGCAUGUGAUACAUGUGACUACAGGUGCCGUCACCUAUCCAGUCUUAAGACACACAUACGAACUCACACAGGAGAGAAGCCCGAUGCCUGUGAUACGUGUGACUACAUUUCUAUGCUUUCAAGCUACUCAAACACAAGCUUCACAAACGCAUCCAUACGAACCCCUACGUGUGAGACAUUUGUUCAUAUUCAUAUUUACUUGAGUAGUCUGAAGGUGCACUUUCGAACUCACUCAGGUAAAAAGCCAUAUGCAUGUGACAAAUGCGAGUACAAAUGUACGUCUUCCAAAUCUCUUAAGCAACACAAGGGCAUUUACAUAGGAGAGAAACCCUAUGCGUGUGGUACGUGCGACUACAGAUGCUCUCGGAUGCGUACUCUCAAGCUACACAAACGCAUUCAUAGAGGAGAGAAACCCUAUGCAUUUGAUAUGUGUGACUACAGGUGCAAUCAACCAGCAAAUCUUAAGGCCACAAGCUAACUCACAUGGGAGGAAAGCCAUAGACACGUGAAAACACACUGCCAAUGACAUAGCUACUGCUUGCACGUGAUAUAUGUGGAUACAUUUGCUCUCCAGGAUGGCUGCUAUUCUCAUAUGUUGUUGUAACCCCCCCCCACAUCUUUCAUUUUCCUAUUGCUGAUCAGUUCUCAGAAGUGCUUAGUGCGCUAUAGAUGUAUAGAUAUAGCUGCCAGUUUUGUUUUUAACUUGCUGUGCUUUAGGGAAGGCCAGCGCCCUUAUAUAUUGCAUAAUUGACAAAGGAAUGCCUACUAGAGUAUGGCUUGUAAGUUCGUACUGCGUAAGCUUAGUCUAAAAAGGGAAGUGUCAAAAAUCUGUGUGCGUGUA